CGGGUCAUCAAGAUGGACACCGUGUUUUUCCUGAUGCUCCCCGUGUGUGUAUCUUCAGUAUCGUUUCAUACACGUGAUUCAUGUCCAGCGGAUGUUGUGGAAUGGAACAAGAGCAAACAUCACUUCAACUGCUCCAAAACAGAAUUUUACCAUUGUCUUCUUGACGAAAGGAACAGAUCUGGAGAAUUUUGUAUCAGUGAACGACCCUCUCGAGUUCAGAUAGACUUUUGCCCAAGGUACAACAGCCACUCUGGAGUAAUCACGACAGAACCUUGUAAUAUGCAGCAUGGAUGUCCUACUGUACCAUUUACCUCAAACGAAGUAUAUAAAUACCCACCUUGCCUGAAGAUUAAUGUGAGAAAAUAAGGCAAAUCUUAUAUAUCACAUUAUCAUACGUGAAAAUCAUGAUAAGACAAAAGAGAAGUAUAAAUAUACCCAUAAAAGAAGAGCCAUAUUGUGGAUAUUAUGAAGAUACCAUUUGGAUACUCUCAUUUUCAUUCAUAUUUCGAUUCUAUAAAUCUCAGUGC